AUGUCUGGAGAUGAGGACGGUGAGCCGGAGGAGGCGGAGCUCCUCACAGGAGCUGAUGAAGACCAGUUUGUAUCAGAGCAGAAACCUCCACCUCCACUUGGAGACCGACCAGCUCCUCCCAGCAGUCUGGCCUUGUCACGACCAACGAAGAAGAGAAUCCUGGCAGCUCCGGCUCUCAGUCUGUCUCUGGGUCGCAGCGAAUCUGCGGUUUCGGAGGACUUCCCGUCCGGUUUCCUCUCGCCGUCGCCUGAAGACGACGACGAUGACACAGCGCUGGACUUCGACCUGGCAACACCCUCCGACAGCGAAUCACUGGCUUUCCCCGUCUACGACCUGGACCUGGAGGAUGACCUGCGGCGUCUCGGCGUGGCGUCCAGGCUCCGCCCAGAGUCCGGCCCCGGGUCCAGCGAGCUGGGAGCUCUGGAGCGCGAGGACAUCGUGGACGCUCAGGGCACCAGGUGGCGCCGAUUCUCCACGGGAGACCCUCCGCAGGAGAGCAGCGUGGACAUGACCGUCCUGCAGCCGUUCCUCAACGUGCUGUCACACGGAGGUUACUACAGCGAUGGCACGAAUGACAUCAUCGUGUUUUCUUCCUGUUACCUGCCGGAGAACAGUCUGGAAAACUACCAGUAUGUGAUGGACAACCUGUUCAGGUAUGUGGUGGGAACUCUGGAUCUGAUGGUUGCAGAAAACUACGUGAUAGUUUAUUUUUGUGCCGGCGGCCAGAAAAACAAACUGCCGGGAAUCAGCUGGCUGCGAGAAUGUUACACCACCAUCGACCGAAGGUUAAGGAAGAAUCUGAAAGGUUUCUUCGUGGUCCAUCCUACCUGGUACAUCAAAGCCCUCGCCACCAUCAUCAAACCCUUCAUCAGCUCCAAGUUCAGCAGGAAGCUCCAGUUCGUCGACAGCCUCCAGGAACUUUCUCGCUUCGUCCCCACUGAGCAUGUGCAGAUCCCCGAGUGUGUCACACAGUACGACCAGAAACAGAACCGGACCAGGUGAACCAAUUAACACAUCUGGAACUCAUCUGGAAUCAAUUAACUCAUCUGGAGCUCAUCUGGAAACAAUUAACUCAUCUGGACCCAAUUAACACAUCUGGAACUCAUCUGGAACCAAUUACAACAUCGGGAACUCAUCUGGACCCAAUUAACACAUGUGGAACUCAUGUGGACCCAAUUAACACAUCUGGAGCUCAUCUGGAACCAAUAAACUGAUCUGGAGCUCAUCUGGAACCAAUUAACUCAUCUGGAGCUCGUCUGGACCCAAGUAACACAUCUGGAACUCAUCUGGAACAAAUUAAAACAUCUGGAACUCAUCUGGAACUCAUCUGGACCCAAUUAACACAUCUGGAUCUCAUCUGGAACCAAAUAACACAUCUGGAACUCAUCUGGAACCAAUUAACACAUCUGGAACUCAUCUGGAUCCAAUUAAAACAUCUGGAACUCAUCUGGAACCAAUUAAAACAUCUGGAUCUCAUCUGGAGCCAAUUAACACAUCUGGAACUCAUCUGGAACCAAUUAAAACAUCUGGAACUCAUCUGGAACCAAUUAACACAUCUGGAAAUCAUCUGGAGCCAAUUAACACAUCUGGAACUCAUCUGGACCCAAUUAAAACAUCUGGAACUCAUCUGGAACUCAUCUGGAACCAAUUAACACAUCUGGAGCUCAUCUGGAACCAAUUAACACAUCUGGAUCUCAUCUGGAACCAAUUAACUCAUCUGGAACUCAUCUGGAACCAAUUAACACAUGUGGAACUCAUCUGGACCCAAUUAACACAUAUGGAGCUCAUCUGGAACCAAUAAACUCAUCUGGAUCUCAUCUGGAACCAAUUAACUCAUCUGGAUCUCAUCUGGAACCAAUUAACUCAUCUGGAACUCAUCUGGAACCAAUUAACACAUGUGGAACUCAUCUGGACCCAAUUAACACAUAUGG